GGAAGCAUUAGUCGAAUCGAGGCUAUCAUAUAACGCAGAGGAUCAUGAACAGCUUUCGGUGCGACUGGUGGGCCGUUCACUCGCCCCACCUCUCCUCUGAUACUUUUCUGCCUUCCUGACGACACCACCGCUCGUUUCUUCGACACCGCAAUGUCGACUCGUCACUCCUUUCUCUCCACCACUGGCCUGAUCAGGCCGAUUUCUGCGGCGUCCGCCGCAUCUGUAGCGGACAGCUACUAUGUUCCGAAUCGGCUUGCUCGUUCCGAGGGCACAACGACCGGAAAGCCCAUUGCCAUGCCACAGCCCCAUGUGAAGAAGCCACCUACCACCAGAGCCGGGAUCAUACCGCUGGGACCUAUGGUCAUCGUCAGUAUGGCAGUCACCCUGUCAUUGCUGUUCACCGCCGCCAUCUCCCUUGCCUUCAUCCCGGACGAUGAUAACACCUCUGCCAUUGCGAGCAUGCUCGACGAUGUAGCAGCUAACACACCUGGAAUUGUGCUAUUCGGUGACGACGUCGACGUCGAUGUCGACGAGCCUGCGUUGACCAUUCGUUGGUCAAUCAUUGGUUGCGGGGACGGUUUUGUCCUCGAAGGAUCCGAGGGGACCCACGGCAGCCAAAAUUGCGGGCUGCCGUCUAUGGCUCUUGAAUUCUACGUCGAUGGCGAGGAGGGGGCCGCGGGAUCAUACAACCCCGACCUCUUCCCGUUCUUCAAAGGCGGCGGACAAAGAGACAGCAUACAGAACAUGUUCCAGUUCGAUGACGAUCAUGUCCUCAAUGUGCAUGAAGCUCGCCUUUACCCAUUCGACAAUUACCGCAUGACAACCUCGAUUCGAGCGGUAUCCACCGCGGACAACGCAACCGUGCCUAUACAGAAACUAGCCACAAUCUCCAUGACAUCGAGCUUCGUCACCUUAUCCAGCGACACGGAAAGCGCCGUCACCAUCCCGAGCGGAUCGGGGUCAGACAUGCCCACGAGGGAUCUAGUUCUCCAAAUUAGUCGACCAGCGGAUCUUCGAGCUUAUGCAUUGCUUCUCUUCGGGACCAGCUGGAUGCUCGCGCACGCGACUAUAGGCUUGGUGGGGAUCUCGUGGUCAGUAGAUCGCGGGGAGAAAAUGCUGCAAUACCUCGGAAUCACCUUCGCCAUCGUCCUGCUCAUCCCGCAAAUGCGCAACGCAAUGCCUGACGCUCCAGGUUUCGAUGGUAAGUCGAUAUGACGUGUCAUGUAGCUUGUGAAAUGUUUGCUAAUGAUGGUUCAUAGGGGUCCUGAUCGGUGAGUUUCAGUAUCCUCCCGCCAGAAGACCCGCGGGUCAAGUCUGUUAGAAGUCGCUGACCACAUUCUUUGUAGAUGCCAUAGGGUUCUUUCCGCAAAUGCUGGUAUGCGGCGCGUCAGCUAUCAUCAUGCUUGGGAAGAUGGCGAGAAUCGAGUUACAGCACCUCGACGAGUCCGCAGCCGUAGUGGAGUUCCAGAAAGAAGCACCCGCACCUUUGUCAACAGGGCUUCUGAGGAUGCGGAGAGGAGGAUCAUCCGUGGACAUUCGCCAUAUCCGAGACUUUAGCAUCAAUCGACCGGCUUAUGGACGCUCUAGGGCCUAAAAAUCUUUAAAUCAUCUUUUUCAUUCCCG